AUGAUUGCGGCCGCUGCCGCCGCCACCACAACAGCGGCUACCAUCGUCAAUCCAGCUGCUGGACGUCCACAUGUCCAUGCUUUGGCUGCUGCCGCUGCCGUUGCCAUUCUCGAGGUCUCUCCCCACAAGGCCCCAGCUGCCGCAGCUCUCGCCGUCAAGGAGGAAGGAGGCAGCGAUGCUGUAGCUAGCGCCGUCGCCGCCGGGGUAGCCGCUGCUGCUGUUGGAUGGCGUAUUGACAAGAUUGAAGAAAUUUCCAGGGACGCGGCCAUCGCGUUCGUCAAUGGUAUCAACAGAGGCAUCACGGUUCAGCAAGUUGCAGCCGACGUCGCCAGCGCAGUGAACCGCGUUAGCUCCCGAUACCCCGCCGUCGAAGCCGCCGCAGCAGCUGCCCAUGCAAGAUGUCUGACUCACCGCCGUGUUAUUGGCCCUGUUGGAGUCAAUGCUCCUGCCGCUGCUGCCGCUGCCGCGGCGGAUGAGAUCGCUGCGGCCAAUGCUGCCGCGGCUGCCGCGGCUGCGGCCGCCUUUGUUUGCUCACGUCAAGGCGACCUCCCGUACGACGAUGCCAGCUACGCCGCUAAAGCAGCCGCUGGGGCUGCCAUCAACAGGGGAGCGGCUAAGAAGGAUGCCGUAGCGGCUGCAGCGCGAGCUCUCGUCCUUGAAAAUGAGGAGAGAGAAGCCAGGCGACCCCCUGGUGUCAAGAUAGCCUCUGGGGUGGUUCAUGUCGCGAUCGCCGAUGCAGCAGGUUCCGCGUCUGCUGUUCCUGGUUCCGCUCCCGUUCCUGUUCCUAUCGGGACGUUUGGGGCAGAGGGAUAUUUCGAAGUGAUGCCGAGUUGCCACGAAUUGACAUUGGCGAAGAUGCAGACCAUUCGGGAGGUGGACAUCUUCAUGGCAGGCUUCCUGCUGUUCUCGCUGACGGGGCGGCAAGCGGUAGACACGGGUUUGACAGACGAAGAGGAGCUACAAAUUGUCUUUCAGACGUGUGCCUUCGGAGUAUUUCUGGCCGCAACGAUACUGACGGGGAUGUGCACCCUCUGCACGGGUUGUCGGUAUGCCCUUACAAGCAAGGAUUUGAUUGUCCCAUUCGGGCUGUCCGUGCUGGGAUUCGUCUUGCUACUGAUUUCCGUGGCUGAAGCCGUCCACAUCGAGCUAGGGGACGGUUUUUACCAUGACGACCACGAUCAUGAUAAGUAUUGGGUCACUGUGGGCUUGGGACUGGGUUCUUCAGUGCUUGCUGUUUUCUAUGCGGUAUUUAUUUACCUGUAUGGGCACAAGUUCAAGUGGGAAUUUUUCGGCAAAUUCUGUGGGGAUGGGUGGGUGCUUUGGGUAAAAAAGUACAGGAUCGUCCACACCGGUGGCGCAAGCCCAGGUGCCACCACCACCGGUGCAAGCUCCACCACCGGCCCAAGCAAAUGUGGCGCAACUGCCUCCAUCGCCUGCAGCAGUGGGAGACGAAGGACCUUUCGGGUAGAAAGCAUCACCGCAACAUCUUCCUCGGCGGCUCUCACCGCAGGAAGGUACCUCCGGCUGCCGACCAACCUCGCCGCGUCCGGACGUUCUGGACGCGGCAAGGACAGUAGGGUGGUGCUCUCCCGCGCAAAGCGCGCCAAGUCUGUGAACUGGAAGGCGAAGGGCCGUGAGGAAUUCGGCGAGUCGCAUGAAGGGUGCGCUACAUCCUGCUACGGGUGUUCGGCAUCUUGUGCUUACUUCCUUGCGUACGGAUGACAGCUGCGUAUGACUUAAUUUACUUUCUGGCGCUUUCACUUCCAGAGACAGUUGUAACCACUGUGUAACUGCCUUGAGGGUGCUUGACCAUUUUAACACAACGUGGUGCGAUUUUCCCCUUUGCGCUGAGUGAGGGUUCUCGACCCCGCACAAUAUCAUCUACUCGACCACCAUUCAUGGUUACCGCCAAAAAAAAAGGCAAAGGCAAAGGCAAAGGCAAAAAAGUAAAUAAGCGGUAACUUGGUUGGGGCGUCGUGCUCCGCAUCUUUAUUUUCUAUUGGUCAAAAAGGGAUAUACGUUUGAAGCAGUAGCGGCAGCUGGUCUCGGUUGCUGCAACGACAUCGGCUGCAACAUGUCUUGGACGGAUGCCCACAAGCAGAGUUGCAACUCGGUGAACGUCUUAACGAGGAUGAGUACAGCGAUGUCGAUAUUUUUUUCUGACUGACUCCAGGGCCGCAUGCUCUUUCAAUGAUAGUGGAGAUAAGGAAAGAAAGAGAGUGAGGGGGGGGGGCGAUCAGACGGAUGUUCUGGACGAAUUAUGACCUCUCGGUGAUAUAGUUUGUAGUCUUGUUUUGAUUUGGAGUUGUUCCGCAACGUAGUGCUUUGAUUGUUAGUUUGGAUUCUUUCUCGCGUUUUACCUGCGAAGUUGAUGUGGAAUCGAGUGUUGAAUGGGACAUUGGUAUCGGGUUCUUGGUAGUUCGAUUAUGUUCCGCGUAUUUCCUGCGGAAUUGAUAUGGAAUUGGAUGUGUUGGACAGGAUUUUCGUUGCGUCAAUGUGAUAUGUCCCAGCAGGGGGGGGGGGCUGUUGGAUGGAAUGGUGGAUGAGGUGGAAUCGAAGCUGGAGCAGUAUUGAUGAGCGUCUUAUUACACCGGGCGAUUGUUUCCGAACACGUCUAGUCCAAAAUAUACUUCAUCUAUCGGCUUGUCUGUGGACCUUGACCUUGUGCUGGUCUGUGUAUUGGAGGGAGGAUUUGGCAUGCUUUGGUAAGUCAUGGUUGAAACCAUUGUGCUUCCGAAGGUUGUCUGAGCUGGUCAAUGAGUUGAAACAUAAGGAUAAAUCUGAGGGUUUUGUUCUGAGGAGUUGACACAUUUUCUUGGAGUUAUCCGUUCGCGUUCUGAUCGCGAUUUCGAGUAUUGAUCUUUGCUGGGUAAUUUUCCAAGGCUAAUUGUUUGUGUUUGACUGCUUGAGAAUUUGGUAGCGCAUUUUCUCAAUAAGGGUGAUGAUUUGUUUAUUGACUGACCUUUCGGGGGAUGGAUAGGAAUUUGACGUCAGAAGUUUUGUGAGAAUUCGUGUAGAAUUAGUGUUUUUGGGAGAUCAACAGACUUCGUAGAGCAUUGUAUUCUUAGGAGACUUGCUUGAAUUGAUGAAUUUUUUGUGUUGGUUUUGGGGAAUUGAUUUCUCUGCCGUUUCACCUGGCAGUUCGUGAGGAAGGGGUCGUAUCUCGUACCUUUUUCCGCGCAGGGGGGCUGUUUGGAGUGCUCGGCAGAGUACUGAUCUACGGGGCCUCAGGGGGUUAGUUAGAUGAUGUGUGUAUUGUAUGAUGGAAAUGAUGCGUGGGCCCCCUCUUGCCUCCCCCGUGUAAGCUACUCUCUCUGAUCAAUAAGGUCUUGAGUCAAGCUUUUCUUCUCUUUCGGCCUCUGACGAACUGCCGCACCCAAGCACGCGCUCGCCCUCGAAAUCAUGGAACGAAGCACCAAACCCAGCAACGUCAAACAAUCACACACGCCUUCGAAAUACGGCACCGGUCGCCCCGGUGGUCUAUCUAGUGGUAUCCUCGUAAUCCUUUAGUUGCAGAGGUCGUGAGUUCGAAUCCCCAUGGGGUGAAAAAAUUACGAAAUUUGCGGGUGAAAGCGAAAUAUAGCUGAAAAGCUCUCGUGAGUACCAAACUUCGACGUUAGCACCGUUGACAAGGGAAAAGGGACGGCUGGACCCUUCUCGCGAUAGAAACAAAAUUCAGCACGCACCGCAGGAGGAAGGUGGGGCAUGAAAAGAAAUAAAAAGAAGAAAAAAGCCCUG